AUGACCGAAAUAAUAUUUUGCACAGCCUUCAGAUAUAUAAAGCAAAUUGUUGUAUCGAUGAACACUCUUCAUAGCACAAGAGAAUUAUCUGAGUAAAUCUAAGUUAAGUGAAAACUUAAGUGACAAGACUAGGAAUUGUUGCUGCCUAUAUUAAGAAAGAAUGAGGCUCGUCCCGCUCGGCCUGAUUUUGUGCUUGACUGCUUUAAGACCCAUCCAGGGGUCACGGCUUAGAAGACUGGAAGAAGACGUAAACGCCCUCAAAAGCUUUAUAUUUAGGGAGCUAGGAUCUAUAAGAGACCAAGUUAAAGACAUCUCUAUAAGAGUCGAAAUUUUGGAAAACUCAACGGUUGCGCUAGACCAAGGAGACCCUAUUCAAGACAGGGACAUUACUUCUUACAACAUUGGGGGUGAACCUAGUAAUGGGAAUAAUGAAGCAAGUCAUGUUGUAAAAUCAGAGGUUGAAAAUAUGCGCAAGGCUUAUGCUAACGACAAAAAAGACUUACAUGAACUAAAGCAAUGCGUUAAGGGCCAACUGAAAGAGCUUGAAGAAAAGAUAACAAGCCACAUGAAUAAUCUGACUCUAGCAGUGCAACAUAAUAUCAAGUACAUUUAUGGAAAUGUUUCGCUUGCAAACGUUACUUUGUCAGAGCUUCUUAAUGGUUCGGCUACACAUUUUAGUGAACAUAAGUUUACUAAUUUAUCCUUAGAACUACAAAAGAUUGAAAAUAAAACAAAAAGUGUAGAGGAAAGAAUAUUGAAUACAUUUGAGUCAUUUUCAAGCAAUUUAGAGAAAGAACUUGAAUUUUUGAAAAUACGUUUGAAUACAGGUAGAAUUGUACUAGAUGAUUAUUAUUACUCAAGCGCAAUAGACGUCCGUCUGGCUAAUGUGUCUUCUUACCGCUCCACCGGCGUCCAGGGGCGGUUAGAAGUCCGUCACGAUAAUAAAUGGGGAACGGCAUGCGAUGACAGUUUUUCGGAGAAUAAUUUAGCCGCUUAUGAAAUAACAAACAACGUAAGAGUGGUUUGUAGGAUGUUCGGAUUCGUGCAAUGUAAUUAUGUGCUUAGUGCGGGUUUCGGUUAUGGCAGCGGGAACAUCUGGAUGGACCAUGUAAAAUGUCACGGUAGAGAAAGAAGCUUCUUAGAUUGUCAUCAUCGCGGGUGGGGUGUCGAGGACUGUAAUCAUGGUGAGGACGUAGGGUUCCGUAUGUGGAAUUAAUAUGUGGUGUUAAUUUUAUAUUACAAUCAAAGAUAAAGCAUUUAUAUUUUGUUAAUAAAAAAUGCUCUUUUCCUGGAUUUAUUGACGAUGGAUUAGAAAGUUUUAAUUGCAUUUUUUUUUUUUUUUUUUUUUUGUUAUUGUUUUUUGUUGAUAACGACGGUGGCACAUAGAAAUGGGAUAACAGACCACGGAGCACGCAAACAACCGUCACUUCUUCACCACUGUGUUCUUCUUGUCGAAGACACAGCUAUUACGUUACAUGUAAAAGACGCAUGCUCUUGAAAACCUCUACUCAAAGUAUAGCAAUUAACAAGGGAUAAUGGAGAUAAAACAAAUUAAUAUUUUAGGUAAAUUUCUAAUCCUUUGUAAUAGAUUUCAGGAUAACGUAUGUUAUACAAAAUGUAUAUACAGCGAGAGACAGCGCAGUUAAAAAUGCAAGUGGCAAAAUUUAAUUUGAUUUUUUAAAAACGAUAUACAUCCGUGAUUUAUGUAACCAUUUCUAAAUCCUGAACGAUUUUAUGUUACUACAAAUUUUCCCGUUUGAAAAAGAAAUAUUAAACACGUUUUAACACUGUCAAUAUGUAUAUAUUUAUAUUGAAGUAGCAAUAAAAUGUACUCUGUAUCUUAUAAAUAGCUUACAUUUUUUUGUAAAGCAUUGUAAAACAUAUGUCUCUUCCGUUAUGAUUUGGUUUGUAUAUUUGUAUAAUGCGAGUUAUGUUUUUUAAAACAGAGUCGUUUCUAAAUUGUGUUUCUUUUUCUCAUAUUUUCAUGCUGUCAUGUUACCAUGAGCUUAGUUAUUGGAAUAAAUUGUAAACUACA